CAAGUAAAAAAAAUCUGGCGCUAACCGCUAGUCUCACAUAACACAUUGUCUUGUAACCGUGUCCUACUGAAGUCCAAUACUAAAAAAAUCACUACUUCCAUUCGCGGCCAUGGAAUCUCUUCAUCUGCAUCUUCAGGGUCACCCCGUGGCCCAAUUCCGGCCGAACACCGACAAAAUCCGCCUCAGACUCAUCGAAAAGGGUGUCCAACCAGCCCCAAAGAUCGUCCACACCCUCCGCAAGAAGGAAAUCCAAAAACACAACCGAAAGCUGAAGGCCCGGCCCGCUCCUCCCCUCACCCCGGCCCAGGCCCAGGCCGCGGCGGAGGAGCAGCACUUCGAGACCAUUAAACGCGAGUUCCGAAGAGUCAUGGCGGGGAAGCCCUGGGAGGGGAUUCAGAAGGUCGAGUUCUUGGAGAAGGCGAGGCCGGAAAGGGAGUGCAGAGGAGGAGUAAAGCUUAGAAGAGAGAGCUUGAAUGAGCUGAAGGAGAUGUUUGAGGCGCGGAAGAUGGAUGAGUUGAAGUGGGUUUUUGACUCUGACCUUGAGAUUGAUGAGGUUUGGCUUGAUGAAGGGUAUGGGGUAAGGGGCAAGACUCGGAACCGCAGCGAGGGUGAGGUUAUAAGGUUUCUCGUUGAUAGUCUGAGUGAUAGGGAGAUUAUUAUGAAGGAUUGGAAGUUUUCGAGGAUGAUGAAGAUGUCAGGAUUGCCAUUUACUGAGGAACAGUUAUUGAGGAUUGUGGAGCUGCUUGGUUUUAAACAUUGUUGGAAGCAAGCUCUUUCUGUGGUUCAAUGGGUCUACAACUAUAAGGAUCACAGGAAGUUUCAAAGCAGGUUUGUAUAUACAAAACUUCUUUCAGUUCUUGGGAAGGCAGGCAGGCCAAAGGAGGCCCUUCAAAUUUUCAAUAUGAUGCGUGAAAACAUCCAUAUAUAUCCUGAUAUCGCUGCAUAUCACAGCAUUGCUGUUACGCUUGGUCAAGCUGGUCUUCUGAAAGAGUUGCUAAAUACUGUGGAAUGCAUGAGACAGAAACCCAAAGCAUUUAUGCAUCGCAAGAACUGGGAUCCAGUUCUUGAACCUGAUCUGGUUAUAUACAACGCUGUGCUUAAUGCUUGUGUUCCAUCAAAGCAGUGGAAAGGUGUGUCAUGGGUGUUUAAGCAACUGAGGAAAAGUGGUCUGAAACCUAACGGAGUAACUUAUGGACUUGCAAUGGAGGUAAUGCUGGAAUCGGGCAAUUAUGACCUUGUCCAUGAGUUUUUUGGAAAGAUGAAGAGAAGUGGGGAAGCAAAAGCCCUUACUUAUAAAGUGUUGGUGAGAACCUUCUGGAAGGAAGGUAAAGUUGAUGAAGCUGUGAAAGCCGUCAGGGACAUGGAAAGAAGAGGAGUUAUUGGAACAGCCAGUGUAUAUUAUGAACUAGCUUGUUGCCUUUGCAACAAUGGGAGGUGGCAAGAUGCUAUUCUGGAGGUUGACAAUAUUAGAAGUCUUCCUCGUGCCAAGCCUUUGGAGGUUACUUUCACUGGCAUGAUUAAGGCUUCCAUGGAUGGUGGACAUAUUAAUGAUUGUAUAUGUAUAUUUGAAUACAUGAAAGACCACUGCGUUCCUAACAUAGGGGCCAUAAACACAAUAUUGAAAGUUUAUGGCCAAAAUGAUAUGUUUUCUAAAGCCAAAGUUUUAUUUGAGGAAGUCAAAGUAGCCAAAUCAGAAUUUUAUGCCACCCCAGGGGGUGGUAAUAGCUCUGUUGUCCCAGAUGUGUACACAUAUAACUCAAUGUUGGAAGCUUCAGCUAGUGCACAGCAAUGGGAAUACUUUGAGCAUGUGUACAGAGAGAUGAUUGUUUCCGGCUAUCAACUGGAUCAAGAUAAACACUUGCCAUUACAUGUUAAAGCUUCAAGAGCUGGCAAGUUGCAUUUACUGGAGCAUGCAUUUGACAAUAUUCUGGAAGCCGGAGAAAUUCCUCACCAUCUUUUCUUUUUUGAAUUGGUGAUUCAAGCUAUAGCUCAGCAUAAUUAUGAGCGAGCUGUUAUUUUAAUCAACACCAUGGCUUAUGCGCCAUUCCAAGUGACUGAAGAACAGUGGGCAAACCUGUUUAAGGAGAGUGAAGACAGAAUUAGUCUUGAAAAUCUAGAGCGGUUGUUGGAUGCUCUUGGUAAUUGUGAUGUUGUUUCAGAACCAACGGUCUCUAAUUUAACAAGAUCAUUGCAAGUUCUUUGUGGAUUAUGUACAUCUAGAAACUUCUCCAGCAUAAUCCUUUUUGGAAGUGAAAAUGCUGUCAAUGGUCUGAAUGAAGGAAUUGAUGAUGAUGGAAAUGUGCCAAAAAUUUCCAGAAGAAUGAUGAUUGAAAGUGCUGAAUCUGAGAAAGAUAUUCUUGUUGGUAAUUACCAUGCUGAACCGGAAACGAUUGCCUUUAAUUGUGAUCAAGUCAGUGGAGGAGAUAAUAACAAUGUCAUGCUUUUCAGGCCUCAAAACUCUGAUAUUGAAGAUGGAAUAAGUUCAUAUGCUGAUAGUCUGGAAUGCACUAAUAAUCUAGCACUUGACAAGUUCUCCGAUGAAUUGAAUGAGAAGCUCUGGGAUGAUGGAAGCUCUGAAGAUGAUGCUGGUGAGGAAGUAAUUGACAACCCCUCAGCAUAUGAAAUAUUAGAAGUAUGGAAGGAAAUGAGAGAGGAGGAUGGGAGUUUGUUGCACUCUGAACUUGCUUGUGGCUAGUGAUUGUGAGUUGCUUUAGUGUUUAACAUAUGCUAGCUGAACUGUGAACAGGGAUAGGAAGAUGUAGCAAUUUUAUCGUAAAUUAGCUUGUUCUGAUCAAGUAUAGUGAUAUCUGGUACGAUGUUAUUGGAACAAGAGAAUGCAAUUAAAACUUGUAAAUGUUAGCAAACUUUCCCUUGGUCACAAUUUUUUUGUUAGAGGCGGAGGCACAGGGGGAUUAUUUUGCAAUACUUAUGUAAAAGAUAGGGACUAUUUUGAAUUUUUCAUUAAGUUAGGGACUAAUAUACAACAGAGGUACAAAGUCAGGGACUAAA